CUAGUGUCAGUCAGACAAGUGUCAGAAACCUAACCAUGACCACCGAUUUAAUUGUCGACCCACAAAUUCGUUUCUGGGUGUUUUUGCCCAUCGUGGUGAUCACAUUCCUGGUCGGCAUCUUGCGGCACUACAUUUCCAUCCUUCUGUCAAGCCAGAAAAAGGUAGAAAUUCAACAGUUGCAAGACAGCCAGUUGAUCCUCAGGGCGCGGGUUUUGCGCGAAAACGCCAAGUAUAUACCGAAGACGUCGUUCCUGAUCCGAAAACAUGCCUUUAACAGGGAAGAGGAGGGCUAUUUGAUGCAAAAACGCCCCCCCGUGACGCAAAACAUGAUGACCGACCCCUCAAUGAUGACGGAUAUGUUGAAAGGGAAUUUGACCAAUGUCUUGCCCAUGAUUAUUAUCGGGGGGUGGAUUAAUUGGAUGUUUUCGGGUUUUAUUACGACAAAGGUGCCGUUCCCCCUAACUUUGCGCUUUAAGUCGAUGUUGCAAAGAGGGAUCGAAUUGUCGCAUUUGGACGCGUCGUGGGUUUCGUCAGCUUCGUGGUACUUUUUAAACGUGUUUGGCUUGAGGAGCAUUUACGCGCUGGUUUUGGGAGAGAAUAACGCGGCCGAUCAGAGCAAGCAAAUGCAGGACCAAAUGUCGGGGGCUGCCAUGGCGAUGCCAAACGACCCCAAAGUGCCCUUUAAAGCGGAAUGGGAGGCUUUGGAGAUUGUUGACCACCAGUGGGUUUUAGCAGAUGUCGAAAAUUCAAUUAUGCAAAGUGAUUAAGUUUUAAUUAAGGGUGCAUUGUUUUGUUUUAAAAACUUUGAUUAGUUGCAUGUUAAAUCAUUUGUAUUUAAUGUUAUCAAGUUGUCAACUUACUUUUCAUUAAAUAUACCGCUGUUAAUUUUU